UGUGAGUGUGUAUGUGAGUGUGAGUGUGUGAGUGUGUGUGUUUUGAGUCUGAACUCCGUGUGGAUCAGGAAAGAGAGGGGUCCUUACAGGCUCACUGAGUCCCUAUUCUGUGCCCAGCCCCGAGCUGGCUCCAAUGGGGCUAUAUAGAAAGGAAGGUGUGGCUGGAGGACCUCCGUGUCAAGUUGAAUACAUUUCCAAGACUAGGAACCAUUCAGGGACUCUGGGGCCACGAUGACAACUCCCCUUCCCUAAGCCCCGAAGCCCAGGCCUGGACCCCCAAGGGACUCAGGGAAGGGACUCAGGAAAGGGGAGUUCCCCCGGGCAGCCUCCUCGUGGGCACCACCGAGGGUGAGAGGAGCCGGCUCGGCGGGCCCCUCCCCCAGGGUUGCCCAUCUUGACUACAAGGAAAGGAGGAAGGAGUUAUUGGGCCUUCCACUAGAAGGAGACCCGGGGAGGUGAGAGUCGGGGAGCGGUCCUGCAAGCUAGGGAGUCACUACAGGGAGAGGUCUCAUCACUAGAAAUAGCCGAGGAACCUGCAACCUCAACCUGGGUUAAGGAGGACGCGCCGUUCCCAGGGGAGGCUUAGCCGGGGCUCCCCAACUUCCUCCAUUUUCUGGCCGGCUCCAGGAAUAGAACCAAAAGAAGCUGAACAAGGAAGCAGUGCGGCACCAAGAAAAGCAGAAGUCAGGGCCUUGGAGUUGUGACUGUCCCCUCGGGUCCGGCUGGGGCCUGGCGCUGCAAGUGCCGCCUGUGCUGGGGAAGGGACCAUGUGGCUGCCUUGGGCUCUGCUGCUUCUCUGGGUCCUAGGUUGUUUUGCUCUGAGAGGCCCCAGCACCGUGGACGGCCCCGUGGGGGGAUCCCUGAGCGUGCAGUGUUGCUAUGAGGAGAAACACAAGACUCUCAACAAAUACUGGUGCAGACCACCACGGGUUCUCCGAUGUGACAAGAUUGUGGAGACCAAAGGGCCAGCAGGAAAAAUGAAUGGCCGAGUGUCCAUCAGGGACAGUCCUGGAAACCUCAGCUUCACAGUGACCUUGGAGAACCUCACAGAGGAGGACACAGGCACAUACUGGUGUGGGGUGGAUACACCGUUGCUCCAAGACCUUUAUGAUCCCUAUGUCCAGGUUAAGGUGUCCGUGUUCCCAGCAUCAAUGUCAAUGACACCUACAAGCAUCACUGCAGCCAAGACUUCAACAAUCACAACUGUAUUUCCACCUGUAUCAUCCACUUCCCUGUUUACAGUGAGUGCCACCCACAGUACCAGCAACUGGGAGGAAAAUGAGGAGGUCGUGAGCUCCCGCUGUCCUCUCUCCCUGUUAGCGUUAUUGCUGCUUCUGUUGGUGGGGAGCCCCUGCCUAGCCUGGAGGAUGUUUCAGAAGCGGAUCAAAGCUGGUGAGCAUUCGGAGCUGUCCCAGAACCCCAAGCAGGCUGCCGAGCAGAGUGAGCUGCACUACACGCGAAUCUGGAGCUACUGGCCGUGGCCUCUGCAGGAAGAGCCAGCACCACCAAGAGAGGUGCAGGUGGAAUACAGCACCGUGAAGAGCUUGCUGGUGCGAGAAGCUGCUCCUCUGGGUACAGGCAAAGUCAACCAUGGGUUAGCAGCACAGGUGGGAGCUCGUGCAUGGGUCACCAAACACCCGACCCUGCCAGCCCUCACCCAGAGGCCUUUUCCCCUGGAGCAGGAGGAUUUUCUCUCCUGCUACAGCCCUCAUCUUCUACUGGAGUACCUCAAUCUCAACACACAGACAUUUUUUCCCAUCAUUUUUCAGAUAUUCUGGGCUUCCCCCUCACUUGGCAGCCCUGGGGAAGUCUUACUUGACCCUUUCUGGAUCCUCUUUACCCAGCUGCUUAGCACUGUGUCCAUGUGCCUCUUCAUUUUAACCCCAACAUUUAAGGCUUGUUCUAGAACCGGCAUUGUCUAUUUCCACAUCACCACCAAAUGGAUCAAGCUCACCGUCGGCCCUUCAGCCUUGGGGAGGAGCAUGUCGGGCAUUGGCACCAGCCCUGAGCUCCAGGGCCUCGUCGUGUAG